AGUUUAUUUAAGUUUAGAAAUCCCUCAAUUGAGUUCAAGUAGUUUGUGUCAAAAUAUCAUUUCUCUUAAAUCAGUUUGUAACUAGAUUUUUUUGGGGUGUGGGUAGAAAAAAUCUAAAAUACAGUGGUUUUCAUAAAAAUUUCAAAACAUAAAAAAGGCCCCUCGUUUGUUUUCCUCAUCUCUGGCGUUCUGUACUAUAAAGAAGGUCGUGUCUCUGUUGUGGGCGGCCAUUGGGUGGAGGAGUUUUGUGCUUCACAACCCUUCAGUCGCGUUGCCACCGUCGUAUUUCCGGUUGUUGGCAUCACUUGAGUUACUUGGUAAUAUUUCCAGAUUUAGGGAUUGGGAGUUAUUUGGCUUUUCUCUUUCAAAAUUCCUACUGUUAGAUUGAAUCAAAAGAAGGAGAGGAUCUGAUUCCGUCUCGUUCAGCUACUUCCGCCACUCACUUCAUCGUCGCCGCCGUUCGUCGUCGUCGUCGCUAUUCAUCCUUCAACUCAAGGAACUAUUUUUUUGUUAAGUUCUGCUACUGCAUGAGUAUAAGGUGGCCAAGGGUGUUGAAUCCAACUUACCUUUCUCAGAUUAUAAGAACUCAAAAGAACCCUUUAAAGGCUUUGGACAUUUUCAAUGAAGCCAAAUCAAAGUACCCUAAAUACUCUCACAAUGGUCCUGUAUAUGCCACCAUGAUCACUAUCCUUGGAACAUCAGGGAGACUCAAAGAGAUGAGGGAUUUGAUUGAGCAAAUGAAACAAGAUUCAUGUGAGUGCAAAGAUUCGGUCUUUGUGUCUGCUAUUAAAACAUAUGCCAAAGAAGGGCUAGUAGAUGAAGCAAUUUCUCUUUAUAAGAACAUUCCUCAGUUUAACUGUGUGAAUUGGACACAAUCCUUCAAUUCCCUUUUGGAGAUAAUGGUGAAUGAGAAUAAGCUUGAAGAUGCUCAUAGUCUUUUUGUUGAGAGUUGUUGUGGUUGGGAAGUGAAGUCUCGUGUUCAGGCGUUGAACUUGCUUAUGUAUGCUUUGUGUCGUAAGAGUCGAUCGGAUUUGGCAUUGCACAUAUUUCAAGAGAUGGAUUAUCAAGGCUGCUGCCCUAAUAGGGAUAGUUAUUUAAUUGUGAUGAAGGGAUUGUGCCAGGAAAAGAGGUUGCACGAGGCCACUCACUUGUUGUAUUCAAUGUUUUGGAGAAUCUCUCUGAAAGGUAAUGGUGAGGACAUUGUAAUAUAUAGAACUCUUUUGGAUGCUUUAUGUGAUGAUGGAAAAUUUGAUGAAGCUGUGGAAAUUCUUGGUAAAAUUUUGAGGAAAGGGCUGAAAGCUCCAAAGCGAUGUUACAACCGACUUGAUCUCAGUCAAUGUGGUGAUGGUAAAGAUGCUGAAGUCACUAAACGCUGGAUUCAUGAAGCUUUGGUCAGGGGUUCGGUUCCUAGUACUGCUAGUUAUACUGCCAUGGCGGUUGAUCUAUACGAAGAAGGUAAGAUAGACGAGGCUGAUAAAGUUAUCAUUGAAAUGAAAAACAAACGCUUUAAACCAAACCAUUCUAUUUUUGAGGCAAAGGUAGCUGCAUUGAGUAUGGUUGGUAAGGUAGAUGAAGCAAUCAAGGUAAUUGAAGAGGACAUGGUUGAAGUCAAUUGUCUACCAAAUGCUAAAGUUUAUAAUGUUCUCUUGAAAAACCUUUGUAAUGCAGUUGGAAAUUCGACGUCAGUGCUCAAGAGCUUGAACAAGAUGUCUAAAAAGGUAAAUUGCAUGGCUGACAAAGAAACGUAUAGCAUUUUACUCGAAAUGCUUUGUCGUGAGAGAAAGUAUCUUGAGGCAAGCCAACUUCUGGAGCAGAUGUCAAUUAAAUCAUAUUGGCCUUGUGCCAAUAGUUACAAUUUGCUCAUUGAAGGUCUUUGUUCCUUAGGCAGGCAAUAUGAAGCCAUUAUGUGGCUGGAGGACAUGAUAAGCCAGGGAAAGCUUCCUGAAAUUUCUGUUUGGUAUUCAUUAGCGUCUUCAUUUUGUAACCCUGAGAUGAUGAAAGUGUCCUCUGAGACAUUUAAUCGCCUAAGAAGUUUGUGAUUCUGAAUGUAAGUGUAAACUAGAAUGAUUCAUUAAAUAAUGAAUAGAAUCGUGUUCUACCAUUUUUCCCUCAAA